AUGCAGAAAUCCACGAAAGCGUUCACGAAGGAACCGGAGGCGCGCGAGCGGAAAACGCGGAAAGAGUCGACGGACGGCGCGAAGACGACGGAGCGGGCGGCGACGGGACGGACGCCGGUGCGUGCGACGACGACGCCGGAGAAAGAUGACGAGAAGCUGGGGAAGGGAAGGUCUACGAGAACGCCGGAGAAGGAUGCGCCGAAGAGAGGGCGUGGUAGACCGGCGGGGACGACGGCGGCUGUGAUGGCGAAGCGAAACGCGGAGAAGGACAAGGCGGGUAAGGCGGGCGUCUCGAGAAAGGUGAGCGCGAUGGCCAAGGCGGCGGCGAUCGCCAAGGAAGGUUUGAAGCGACCGGCGAAGUACUUCGAGUCGCAAGAGAGAUCGGACGCGGGUCGCAACAAGGUGUCGAAAUUAGCUUCGGUCUCUUCCCCUAGAUCUACGAUGGAUAGCCCAGAAUUUGCACGCGGAAUGAAGACUCCGGGCGUGAGGACGCCGCCGCGCGGAAGAGGAAGACCUCCGUCCAAGCUCGGGAAGGCGGCUGCCGCGGCAACCGAUGCGGCGAAUCGGGCGAACGGUUUGUUGCAUGUCGACGAAACGCAUAUGCCGCAGUCCACGGCGUGGAGCGGGGCGUACAGAAUGCUUCAGUCGGCUCACGAGCGACUGCAAGCCAAGUACGACCAGCUUAAAUCAAAGAAACUCGAGGAUCUCAUGAAAGAGGCUGAGCGACAGCAAGGUGUGUUGAUGGAUCAUGAACGACGAGCGGACGAGCUCGUGCACCACCUGCGAAACGAGGCUGAUCGUCAGCGCGAUAUUGCCUCUCGCGCCGAGGGGGCGAACGAAAAGGUGUACGCUCUCGAGCGAGAGAACGCCGAACUCCGAGAGACCGCUCUGGCGUAUCAAGGCAAGAUGUUGCGCAUGGAAGAGGAGCUUGAGACCUUGAGAACGGGUAGCGGUACGCGCGCGGGUGGACGCGACGACGGAUUCAGCGCGUACCAGCUCGAGGCGCUCACUGGUUUGCGGUGGCAGGAGAAGACGCGCGGCGUGCACACGUUCACCCACAUCGGCACCGGUUUUACCUUCCGACUCAGCGCCGCCGAGGGCGAAGACGGCGAAUCAUCGGGAGACGACCCGUUGGGCGCCCCUAAACCCGGCCGCCGCGUCGCCGAGGAGGUCGCGUGCGUCCCCCUCGGCUUUGGCAACAUCGAAGGCUUCGUCCCGAGCUUCCUCGCCGAGCCCAUGGAGUUCGACACCACCGACAUUCCCGUCUUCACGUACAAAUUGCUUCAGGCCCUCCACACCGCGUCGCUCCAGCGCGCCGGGGCGCAGCGUUGA